UGGCAACGUGGUCGUACCAAAGGCCUUUAAGGCAUUUAACUAAACACGCAAUACGCGUGUUUGGGUAAUCCAUCCUUUCCUGUAUAAAGCUUGGCCCCUCGCAUCCCUUACCCCCAACACGGAGUAAGCUAUUCCUGCCUCUUCCGCGGCACGCGCACACAGUUCUUUGCAUCCCUUGUCCCCGACUCCGAAUAAGAUAUCCCAACUGUAGCGAAAUACUCUUAGGAUCCUCCUCAUCCCAUGUCUUCCAUAAUCGACAAGUGUUAUACCUCGCUCCUCCUCUUCCCCUCGAAGUCGCCCCUCAAGCCCUCCCCCUCGCCGUCCUCCUCUCGCCACUUCGAAGAAACUCUCGCUCUUCGUCUCAGCUCCCUCCUCCCAAUCCCCGGCCACUCGCUGCAGGUCCCCCUUCCUUGGGUGGCCGGCGCCGUCCACCUCCUCGCCCUCACCCUUGCCAGCGCCGCGGCCCUCGUCUCCGACCACUCCCUCCGCGGCCCCGACCCGGAUGACCUAGUUGCCCUCCUCGACGCCGGCGUUACUCUCCUCGACGCAUGCAACGCCGCCUCCGCCGAGGUCGCCAGGUUGGAGCGCUGGCUCCUCCCCCUUCGCUUCGUUCUCCGCCUCCUCUCCGACGAGGAGUCGCUGACGAAAGAGAGAAUCCGACGGGCGCAGAAGGCGAUAGUCGAGUGGGAGAGCGCGCCGAGCUGCGAGAUCGAGGGCUCAGCAGGCAAGACGAUCCGGAUAAUGGCGCCGGAUGAGCCGCCGCGUGGCAAGGCGUCGGUCGUGCGGAGGGCGACGUACGCGGUGGAGGCUGUCUCGCGCCUGGUAACGGCGGCAACGAUGGGGGCGAUCGGCAAAGGGGAGGCCGCUCUCCCGCACGACAUACGGGUCUCCAGCGACUGGCCGUGGGCGGAGGCCUACAACGAGGUCGCGGCGAAAGUUUCCGCCCGAAUAGGAACGGUGCCCCCCAGCGAGCUGGAGGCGGUGGAGGCGUCAGUGAGGAAGUUGAAGGCGGUGAUUUGCUGGGAGGAGCACGGAGACCGAAUGGAGAGGCUGGGGAUGGCGGUGGCAGCGUUGGAGAGCGCGACGGAGGAAAUGACGGACGGGUUGGACCGGCUGACGGGCAGCGUCAACGGAGCGUUUCACGCGGCGAUGGGAACGAGGAAUGCCGCGUUGAGCCGCCUCCGGUCUGCUGCAAGUCGGCAUCGCAAGCAACUGUUGCACGCAAAACGGAAGCACUACUAAAUAGUAAUUAAGGCGAAUUCGUGCGAAAAGUUUGUUACCUUUCAAAAUUUUUCGCAAAAUAUUUUUAUUUUUAAAAAAUUAGAAACAAUAUUUUUUUUUUCAAAAUAAUCAUUUUAUUUUCGAAGUUCUCCCUAAUUAGAACCAAAAUGGCAAUGUAGAAACUCGCUAUUUAAUGUAAAUAUAUCUGAUGUAUAUCUUGUUUUA